ACGUAGUAGCUGGAUUUUUCUGUACGUCGGGCCGCGGAAGGACAGAGCUAGUGUGGUUGCACCAACACCGGUACUUAGUCGCGGAUCCGUGUGUCCUUGGGCUAGAGAGCGGGACGUCUGGCUUCUAAACUGGAACCUUCCUCGUGGUAACUAGGAAAGAGCGGUGACCACUCCGUGCGUAAGCCGCAGCAGGUUUAAAAAUGGGUGAUGUUGAGAAAGGCAAGAAGAUUUUUGUACAGAAGUGUGCCCAGUGCCACACUGUUGAGAAGGGAGGCAAGCACAAGACCGGACCAAAUCUCCAUGGUCUGUUUGGGAGGAAGACAGGUCAGGCUCCUGGAUUCUCCUACACAGAUGCCAACAAGAACAAAGGCAUCACCUGGGGAGAGGAUACAUUGAUGGAGUAUUUGGAGAAUCCCAAGAAAUACAUCCCUGGAACAAAAAUGAUCUUCGCUGGCAUCAAGAAGAAGGGAGAAAGGGCAGACCUAAUAGCUUACCUCAAAAAGGCAACUAAUGAGUAAUAGUCACUGCCUUAUUUAUUACAGAACAGAAAUGUCUCAUGGCUUUUGUAUGUGUACCAUAAUUUAAUAGAUCUCAUACACCAGAAUUCAGAUCAUGAGUGGCUGGCAGAAUAUUUUUGUUGAACAGUCCUGAUUUAAGUAAAAUUGGCUUGUACGUAAAUGGAUAUUUUUUUCAAGUUUUGAUAGUAAUUCCGGUUCAGUAAAUACUAUCACUGUUUUUCCUUUCUAAAUACAUGGUUGGGUUUGAUUGUAACAUUUGACUUUUCACAAAGAUUGAGAAUGUCAUCUCAAAACCUAUUGAAAGUUGGUUUUAUAUUUAGAUUUAUUUAACUUGUUAAAUACUGGGGAUAUCCUUUAUUCUCAGAACCAAGCAAGACUCCCCUGUUUAAAUUUGUGUUUAUUAACCCGUUAAAGGAAUGGUUGAAGACAAGAAGCAAUGUCUAUAUUUUUGGUCAUGACUAUGCCAAUUUAAUUAGAAUUCCCUGUAUCUAAAAAGUGUUGCCUUUUAUUUACUGAAAGGCCUUUUAGUGUGGUGUAUGUAUAAAACCAAAUAAAGAAUAUUUAACAUUACUCACAUUUUAUAGUUGAUCUAUAAGUUAGGUCCUUUUAAAAGUUAGCAUGAUAUAAUAGCAAGUUAGACUUUUGAAUUCUUUGGAUCAGACCGAGUUAUUAUUCAGAUGGUAUUUAAACAGCUAUUUAAAAACACAAGACUGAAACUACUGUUGUAUGUGUGAUUGUAGUGGUGCUUCCUGCCAGCUUAUUGGAAGAGUUAAAGUGGGAAAAGUACAAAAUGAGCACAAAUUUGUGUGUGACCAUAAUACUUAAUUAAAAACAAAGUCAAAUCGA